UAUUUUAAUGGACGAGGCGGGCCAUCAUACAUAAUUUUAUUUGGGCAGAUUACAAUUCCGUCCGCAUCUGCUGCUUCGAUGCUCUGUCGAGAGUCAGGGACCGUUUUGGAUGGCGGUUGACUGAAACUAUCCGCGGCUUUCGCCAUGAUGUAAUCCUUGAAUGUUUCCCAAACACAAGUCGCAAGGUGGCGUUUCGUCGACCUGCGACAUCUUGGAAAUCGGGAGGGGAUGCCAACUGCCCAGGACUGAGACAUCACGCAUGGAAUCAUUUGCGGGGGCCCUUUUUAUCGAUAAAUCGCCUCUAUCCUAAAUAUAUAACUGAUUGACUUGUUAGUUUCAGUACUCCCCGCGUAUCUAUCAACUCCCUCUGCGUUGCGUUUCGUUCGCUCUCUAUUUAUAAAGCACACUCCCAUCUCCUACAUCCCCUCGUGUGCCUUUUCAGGACCUCAAUUCGCCAUGUCUCUGUUCUCGCGUCUCUUUCGGCCAUUCUCCUCCACCGCCAAUACCUCGCUCUCCGUGGGGCCGGCAGAAUCCCUCGCCGCGCUGAACUUUCCCGCAAACGCACAGAAGGCCACCAUCGCCGCGGGCUGUUUCUGGGGGGUCGAACACCUGUUCCGGAAACAGUUUGGGAACGGGAAGGGUCUCCUGGAUGCCAGGGUGGGAUACUGUGGAGGAGAUACAAAGGCGCCUACGUAUAGAAGUGUGUGUUCGGGCAUGACGGGGCACGCCGAAGCGCUACAGAUGGUAUUCGACCCGUCCGUCGUGUCGUAUCGCCAGCUUUUAGAAUUCUUCUACCGCAUGCAUGAUCCCACGACGCUAGACCGACAAGGCGGAGAUAUCGGGACGCAGUACCGUAGCGCUAUCUUCACGCAUGACGACGAGCAGCAGCGCAUCGCCGAGAAGAUCACGGAUCAGGUGAACAAGGAGUGGUGGGGGAAUAAGGUGACGACCGUUGUGACGCCUAUCGGGCAGUGGUGGGAUGCCGAGGAUUAUCAUCAGCUGUAUCUGCAUAAGAAUCCAAGCGGAUACGAGUGCCCUGCGCACUUUGUGCGAAAUUUACCACCGCUUUCCUAAAAGGCUUUAUGGAGAUCCUGGCGUCAUUCGAGGUCCCAUGGCUGUCUGACAGUAAACUGUCCCUAGACAAAAAGGGGUUUGAAAUGAAUAGCGAAAGUCCUUUUUAAUAAAAGUAUGUAACUAUGUACAUACAU